UCCACACAGAUUCCACGGCCCUUGGCGUGACCGUUGAGCUCGCGCUCAUGACCUCAUGCAGCAGCAGCCAUGGGAUCCGAGUAUUUGGUCAAUGUCUCAGUGUUUGCCGUGGCAGGUCUCAAAGUGCCCGGCGAUGGGGCGGGCAUGCCCAACCCGUAUGUGGAGGUCGAUUGCUUGGGAGAGAAGAAGACAACCCAGGUCAUCAGUGGCGCUUCUGCAUGCACCUUCAACAACUUCUAUAGCUUCUCCCGGCACAUGAGCGAAGACGACUUCACUGGAGGGGACGCUGUCAUAGCCGUGUACCAUCAGAAGAACAGCUUUGGCUUCAAGGUGAAACUGGGUCAAGUGACCUUCAGCUUGGAGAAGGUGUAUCACCAAGAUGGGCACCUCGUUGCGAAGGACUGGUUUGUUAUUGUCCUACCAGACGAUCCAGGCAAAGGCUGCGGUUAUGUGGAGCUCUCUUUGGGCGCCUAUGCGCCAGGCGACAUCGUCCCACAAAGCCUGUCAGGAGGUGCAGACGUUGAUGAGGCAGCCGAGGUCCAGUCCAUCAAGACGCGGGUGGUGAAGCUUCCCACCAAAGAUGCUGCCAAGUCCCUCUUCCAACUCACGGUUUGCAUCUACCAGGCCGAGGAACUGGCGAUGAUCAAGGGUGUCCUGUCGACCAAUUGCAAUCCCUUCGUGCAAGUGGAUUUCAACGGGACAUCGCAGCGAACACAAACGCAGAGGAACAACAACCCCACCUGGAAUGAAGAGGUGCAAGUGCCCUUCUCAAUGCCUGCCUGGGACAAUAGUGUCAAUGUGACGGUGAUGCAUGACGGUGGCCUCACCGGCAGCAAGGUGGAACUCGGGGAUGUGACGCUUGACAUUGAUGAUUUGGCCAAUGAAGCGCUUGAGCCCACCUGGUACUACUUUUACAAGGCGCCCGAUGGCAAAAAGGAUGAGGAAAAGUCAGAAUUUGCGGGACGCUUGCUCCUCUCUGCGAGCAUGGAACGAACUGAGAAGCCUAUUCUCACCAUCAAUCCUGGAUCCAUGGCAAAUCCGCCCAAAGUGACGGCGGGCGUCGCCUGGAUCGAUCUCUACAUGGUUUGCUUUGACAGCACCGAACAACCUGAGUGGCUGCAUGUCCAGAUUGAGUUGCCUCGAAUCAUCGAUGCAGAGCUCAUCUCAACGCAACCAGAGCCUGAAGGGCAUGGCUUUGUUUGGAAAGGAAAGGAGAACAUCCGCAUGGACCACAUGGUGCCCACCUUCUCCUUACCGGCUCCUGAGAACUGUGGUGAGUUCAUCAUCAGCGUCUUCGCCAAAUUCAAGAAGACAGGGUUGCUGGGCGGGAAGAAGCCCGAGCGGCACAUGUAUGCAAGGGUGCCUGCAAGUGAAGUCUACAAAUGGGAUCAGACGCCGAAAUGGAGAGACAUGCGGAUGGUGGUGCACGGCGGUGAUGAUGUAGGCAGCGCUGGAUUUUUGCUGAUGACACUUUGCCUGGGACCGGAUUCUCCGAAACCACCAGCGAGGGCAAAGCCUUUGAAGAUCAAGUGGAAGGACUACUGUUUCCGCGCCAAGAUUUACCAAGCUGUCAACCUUCCAGCCAAGGAUGAAGAGGGCAGCUCAGAUCCACUGGUCGCCAUCAACUUCGGCCCGGCCAUCCUUCGGACGCAGAUCAUCACCCAAUGCAUCAAUCCGAGUUGGAAUCAAAUCUUGGAGGAAACCGUGAGAUUACCUGAUGACGUGACCUUGCGGCCCGACAUCCUCAUCACCCUAUUGGACAGCGAUGAGGGAUCCUUCGAGCCGAUGGUGCAGAUGAGGUACAAAGCCUCAGAACCUGACGCCCUACCUGAGGAGUGGAAGAAAUCCCCCAGGUGGUUUCAGUUGGAACCAGUGCCCGGCGGCGUGCCGACUCAAGGAAAGAUGCCACUUGGUUCAGUAUUCCAUUACCAUGGUGUGGCACCCUUCAUAAGGCUGUAUUGAAGUACGGAAGUACAUUGACAUUGUGAAUCAAGAUUUGCG